CCAUCUAAUAUGACGAAGCGUUGGCUAAUACACCGAGUGGGCGCACCGAUGCUCUGUUGUGUUGGUCGUAAGAAGAGUACCACAGGUCAUCGAUCACCCUUGGAGAGCCAAGCUAUCGGGUUAGCCUGGGAGGCUUCUGUGAUCGUUAAGUUCCGACAGACGGGCUGUUGGAGUAAUGGAGUUUCUAAAUUUAUCUAGACCAGUCUAGAUUUCCGAGGCAGUUACCACCACGAAGACGAAGUAGACUAUCAGUACCUCAGGGUCAAUUCUUGUACUACUGUGAGUUAUGUGCAGAGGUGCAGUGUACAAAAAGUAAAGUGGAAAACAUAGUGUAGUAGGGGAUCGUUUG